GACCCAGAGACUCGUCUUGAUGUGGAAUUAACUAAAAUUUUGAACGAAACUUCGGUAGACACUAACACUCAUGAUAAAGUAAAACAAUACUCUGAAUUAUUAAGACGCUAUUUAUUCUUCAAGAAUCAACAUCGCGAGAAUAAUUCUACGAUUGAGAAAAUUGAAAAUAAUGAAGUUAUUCCUGACACUAAUGAUUUUUCUGCCAUUAAUGGAAAUCAAGAAAUUAGUAGUAUAGCGAUAAAUAAUAGUAUUGCUGAACAAAAUAAAUCGUAUAAAGUUUCUGACAUAGAAAUUCACAAAAUUUUCUAUCCUUCACGAACAAUACUCCGCAAAACGGUGGCAAUAAAAAACACUUAUAUAAAAAUUCAUUUAAAUGACUUCGCUUGUAGA